GGUCAAUGGCGCAAGGGUGCUCUCUUCCGAAUUCGUUUUGCUGCCGUCGACAUUUCGGCUGAUCCGACACUCAUCGUAAUGGACGUUCCCAAGCCAGGCGAGUGGCCAGUCGGCCCCCAAGAAGAUCAAGAGCCUCGAAAAGACCGUAUUUGGGUGGAUGGUUGCUUCGACUUUGCUCACCAUGGCCAUGCCGGCGCUUUGCGACAGGCUCGACAGCUUGGUUCCGAACUUUAUGUUGGACUUCAUUCUGACGAAGAAAUUCUGCUGAACAAGGGGCCAACGGUUAUGACUUUGAAUGAGCGUGUUGCCGCUGUUGAUGCCUGUCGAUGGGCGACCAAGUCCAUUCCCUACGCACCUUACGUGACAUCCUUGCCGUGGAUCUCCCAUUAUGGAUGUUGGUAUGUAGUUCAUGGAGACGACAUCACCUCCGAUGCCGAUGGUGAGGAUUGUUAUCGCUUCGUCAAGGCUGCUGGCCGCUUCCUGGUGGUUAAGAGGACUGCGGGGAUAUCGACAACUGAUCUUGUUGGAAGAAUGUUACUUUGCACCAAGACACAUUUCAUCAGGUCACUAAUGGAUGAACUCAAGAGCGAUGACGGCGGAGCUGAGAAGCUUGAGAAAAUUAAGGAAUAUGCCACCGAUGAGACUGCCCUGAGCCCAGGGUGUGAAGUUUGGAACUGGGCUCGGACUGGUCACGACAAGUCCCUACACGAGACGACUGCUCCUGGUACCUUUUCGAAAAUCGUCUCUGGCAAUGGCCCAAAGCCUGGUCAACGCGUUGUCUAUGUUGAUGGUGGCUUUGACCUGUUUUCGUCCGGCCACAUCGAGUUCCUCAAGCGUGUCAAUGAAGCAGAAAAGGGAGAGGCAUAUGUCGUGGCAGGUGUGCAUAAUGACGACGUGAUCAAUCAUUGGAAGGGCUUUAACUACCCCAUCAUGAACAUCUUCGAGCGUGGACUUUGUGUGCUGCAAUGCAAAUACAUCCAUGCGGUUGUCUUUGGCGCUCCAUUUGUUCCUUCACGGCCAUAUUUGGAGAGCUUACCCUUUGGAAAGAUUGAUGCUGUCUACCAUGGUCCCACGUCGUAUCUGACUUCAAGCUUCGACCCGUAUCCAGAUGCUAAAGAAAUGGGCAUCCUCCGACAAAUCGAAUCCCAUCCAUACGCUCAUGUUAACGCGGAAGAGAUUGUGGGCCGCAUUCUCAAGGGCAGAGAAGCAUUCGAGGAGCGACAACGACGAAAAGGUCAAAAAGCCGUGGGAGAGGAAGCCGCACGGGAAAAAGAACUGCUAGAACAACUGCAUCAAUCAGCUGUAGGUGAGAUAGAAUAGUCCGAUGUUGUGUCCCAGUCUUCCUUUUAUUCUGGUGAAGCUAUUUACAGAUGCCACCUUUCCAUACACGCUUAGACAAAGGACCGGCAAGGAUAUCUGCGAGCAUAAUUAGUAAAAUUGAAGUCUGAAAGAGCGG